AUGGGGAGUUGUGUAGGCAGUGAGAAGUUAGGAGAAAUAGCCAUUAGAAAUGCAUCCACUAGUGCCUACAUUUUCUCUCUCCUUCUCUCCCCCGUCAUUUCCUUCUGGGAUUGCAUCAUCCGCAGGAUGCGAUAUUCCUUCAAGCCUGAGUGGGUGUAG